GGCUUCUAGGUGAGCUGUAGUUUAAAAAGCCAGCUCAAGGAAGGAAAAUUGCAGUUGGGAUUUGGGGUGGAGAAAGAAACAAGCUCCCAGAAGAGCAUAUCAGAGAAAAGUGAAAGUCCAGGUGUUCAGAGGCCGAGAACAAAGAAUGUGGUUAUACAUCAUACUUCUAGGUUUCGCACUCCUUGUGAAUGCACAACAAGACUGCUCUCACGGGGGAUGUUAUCCUGCAAUAGGAGAUCUGCUUAUCGGAAGAACAGAUCAACUGAGAGCUUCUUCUACUUGUGGAAUGGAAAGUCCAGAAACUUACUGCACUCCCUUUGGAGAGGCCCAGUUUCAAUGCUGCCGAUGUGAUUCUCGAGAACCCUUUUCAGCAGUGAGUCAUCGGAUCAUUAAUGUGGUCUCUCCAAUUGGUCAUCUUCGCUGGUGGCAGUCUGAGAGUGGAGUCGAUGCAGUUUCUCUGCAAUUUGACUUGAACAGGAAGUUUCAGCUGAGUGAUGUCAUUUUGGAUUUCAGGAGCCCCCGGCCAGCUGGCAUGCUGAUCGAGCGGUCUUCUGACUCUGGGAAGACUUGGCAGGUCUAUCAGUAUUUAGCCUUUAACUGUGCUGCUUCCUUUCCUCACAUAAGACAAGGUCGACCCCAAAACCUUGAGGAUGUGCGAUGUCAAGAACUGCAAGGGAACCCGACACAUGGGGGCAAGAUACAAUUUAGCCCAAUGGCAAUGGCUUUCUCAUCUCCUGUGUCUAAAAGCCAACAAAUCCAUGAGCUUGGACAGUUCACCAACCUGAGAAUAAAUUUCACACAACUAACACACCAGCCCCCCCGGAGAUAUCGAGAACCGAGUGCAUUCUAUGCAGUCAAUGAGAUGCGUGUGCAUGGCAGUUGCUUUUGUUAUGGUCAUGCAGACCGCUGCAUAUCAGAUAAUGAACUAGAAAAAGAUCCAUUUGGUGACAUUCAGAUACAUGGUGCAUGUGCAUGCCAACAUAAUACAGCUGGAACAAACUGUGAGCAUUGUGCUGACCUCUACAAUGACCUGCCCUGGAGGCCUGCUGACGAAAACAACCCAAAUGUGUGCAAACGCUGUAACUGCAACAAUCACUCUGACAAGUGCCACUUUGACCCUGCUGUGUAUGAAGCCAGUGGCAGAGUGAGUGGAGGCGUGUGUGAAGACUGUGCAGAUGGCACUACCGGGAAGAACUGCGAGAGGUGCAGACCUGACUACUACAGGAAUCCAAAUCAAGAUAUCAGCCAGAGAGAUGCCUGCAUCUCAUGUGAUUGUGAUCCGGAGGGCAGUGUAGAAGGUGGCAGUUGUAACUCUAUGAAUGGAAGAUGCAUCUGUAAAGAAAACGUUGGGGGAGAGAGGUGCGAUCAGUGCAAGCCAGGGUACUACCAACUGAGCUCAGCCAACCCACAGGGUUGUACCAAGUGUGACUGUAACCCUGAAGGCACUGAGAGAAACCAGCCAUGUGACAGUGAAACAGGACAAUGUCGAUGUCUUCCAAAUGUUACAGGUCGGCGCUGUGACCAGUGCACCUCACACCACUGGAAUAUCGCCAGUGGGAGGGGAUGUCAGAUGUGUGGCUGCCAUGUUAGGAAUUCUUACAGUCUUCAAUGUAAUCAGGUCACUGGACAAUGUCUGUGUAGACAGGGCUUUGGUGGCCAAUUCUGCACUGAGUGCCCAGAAAGGACAUAUGGAACCCUACGGUCUGGAUGCCAAGAAUGCAACUGUAAUUUCCAAGGAACACUUGAAAAUGGUUGUGAUAAGGCAACUGGGAAAUGCUUGUGCCGACCAGGAUUUGUGGGAGAACGGUGUGAUUCCUGCCAAAGAGGCUACACUGAUACAUUCCCAAACUGCAGGCCCUGCCAUUCCUGCUUCCAGUUUUAUGACUAUGAACUUAGAGGCUUAAACACACAAAUGCAAACUUUUCACAACUCUACUGCUGGACAAGUAUCCCAGUUUGAUGUGGACUUUGGACCUCGGGUGGCCAGUGUUGAAGCUGAACUACAGCGUAUUCAGAGACUGUCUGGCGGAUCGGGUAUCUCAAACAGUGAGCUUUUGCGCAUGGAGAACCAGCUGACAAAAAUGAGGGGAGACAUGGGGCAACUAAAUCUGGACCAGCAGUGGGUGGAUGGAUUUGGUUCCCUUUCUGCUGACAUGAAUUCCUUGAGGUUGGAUUUUACCAUUGUUAAUGGACUUUACCAGAGGAAAGUGACCCAACAUGCUAACAGCAUCGCUACUGAUGCCUUAGGUAUAUUCAGUACCGUUAAUACAGCCUACCAAUCAUCACUAGAAGCAGCCGAGAGGGUGGCUAUGGCCCGGACAACUAUAUCCCAAUCAAGGGAAAGUAGGAGAGGGGUAAAUGGCCUUGAAGGGAAGACCAAAGAAGCAGUGUUUGACCUGGAAACAUUAAAAGACGAACUCUCCUACCCAAAUCUCACUCCAACCAUCAACAGGAUUUGUGAGGGUGUAAGAACAGAAUCAUGCACACCAGAGAACUGCCUUGGUACUGUGUGUCAGAGAAACAAUAUUACCUUGUGCCAAGUUGGAUCCAAUUGCAGAGGAGCAUUUCCUUUGUCCAUGAAUGCACUAAGGACUACAGAGAAAACUGCCAAAGAGCUCCAGGACCUGAAUAGCCAACUGCUGAAGAACACACAGAUGAUACAGGAAGCUGAAAAAACAUCCAACCAAAUCAAGGACAGUGCCCAACAGCUGUCAGAACAAGUGACCAGGACUAGGACUCGCAUGGAACAAGAUAUUGGGAGCACCAGACAGUUUAUAAAGCAAGUUAGAGACUUCUUAACAGAGCCUUCCACAGAUCCAGCCACUAUCCAAGAGGUUAGCGAGUAUGUGUUGUCACUCAAGCUACCUGUUGAUGCCUCUUCUCUUCAGAGGAAAAUGAAAGAAAUAAGGAACAUAGCAGGAAAAUUGCCUAAUGUUGAUGCAGUGCUGUCUCAAACAAAAGAGGACAUUGCCAAAGCAAAGAAACUGCAGAAUGAGGCUGAAGAAGCCAGGAACAAAGCAAUCAAUGUUGAAGAAAAUGUGGAUGAUGUGGUAGGUAAUAUUAAUCAAGCAAGGAGAAUCCUCCAGGAAGCGGAAGAUAAAAUCCGUGGAUCAAGCACAUCUUUGCUGCAAAUCCAGGAUCGUAUGCAAGAGAUUGAGCAAGUUCUGGGGCCGGUAGAAAGGGGGCUGACAGAUGUCCAUGAUCAGCUUCAGGGCUUUACACAACGAGUGGAAAAUCUGCGCAAAGGAACUGCAGAAAGUCUACAGAAGGCUGGUCAGGCUCAGCAAGCAGCUGAGGGAGCUCAUAGCAAAGCUAUGGAUGCACAGCAGGGUCUAGGUGCCGUGCAGGAAAAAUAUGCCUUAUUGAAGAACCGCAUAGGCCAAGCAUCCAGUUUUGGUGCUCAGGGACAGAAGGUGGCAAAUAUCAAGAUGGAGGCUGAUCAGCUUUUCAAAGAGUCAGAAGGAAUGCUCAAAAAGAUGAACGAAAUUGAGGCAGAGCUUCGAGAGGGUCAGGAGUCUGUGAUGAACAGAAUUUCAGAGCUGCAGGACAUGGAAGAAGAGGUCAAGAGUCUGCGAGAUGACAUCCGUUCAAGAGCUGCCUUUUACGCAACCUGUAGGGAUUAAAAACAGUGGGACAUUGCCAUUUAUUUGUGUCUGAAUGUUACUUGAAUUUUCUUCUUGCCUCUGCUUGUAUACAAAAGGUCAAUAUUUCAAGCUUUUAAUUCCAGAUUCUAUGGAUUAUUUUUUUUUUACAUUCUCUGAUGAUGCUUGCACAUAUGCCAUUUUCCAGUUUGUAUGCAGUUUUUGGAGCAAAAAUUGGAAUUCAAAAGUAAAAGGGAAGUAGAAUCAUUUUGUGUACUUUCUUCACCUUAUGAUCCUCUCCUGACAUUGGAUUCAAAAACUCCAUAAAAAAAACAUUAAAAAGGCAUGUGUGAAGGCACUCUAACAAAGGUUAAACGAGGCUCCCAUAGCAGUCAUUACCAAUUAGUCAUUUGUUUUCAUCUAACUAGUAGCCAACCCACAAGCCCUAUGCAACCUUCCAGUUUUUUAGCUGUUGAGCUUAGAUUGUAAAGGAAAUUUAGCUGAUGACAUGCUGUAUAACAUAAUUAUUGCAACAACCAAAUCAUUAAAUGUCAUGAGUUAGGUCUAAUAAUAAAAUAUGUCUAUUGAACUUUGGAGAAGUUCGGAGCGACAUCAGUUCAGCCAAAAACUAUUCAUUUGGCCCAUGCUGCAUCUAGUGCAUCCUGCAGAGUGAAAUAAAUACGCAGGUGCCCAUAGUCAUAGCUAAAGAGAAAAUCAGGGAUAGCAGCGUUCUAUAAGCCUACAAUAUAUGAUCUAUAUAUAAACUAACAUCCCAUCUAAUAUACAAUCAGAGGUUCUUAACAAGUAUAUUUUGAUUUGAAAAAAUCUUAGCCUAUCCACCAACAGCAAGGUAACCGCUAUACAGAUGGGAACCUAACUCCAAACCUUUCAAUACCAUUCAUAAGCAUCUAAAUUAAAGGCAAGGGGAACCUGUAAAAACACUAACUGCUAUCAUUAUUACCUCUCUGGGUUAGCAGGCCAUGACCUGUUAUGACACUCUGUGCCAACAAAACUUCUUUCAGCAGGGGGCACAUAGUCAGCUAUACAUGUCACCUAAUUAAAAAAGGCUGUGAAGGGGAUGGGUUAUUAUGUGUGUUUUUAUUAAGUGUUUCUAAGUGAUUUUAUGGGUUCCUAUCGCCUUUAUAAAUGCCAUAGAGAUAGGUUAAGGUUCCCAAAUGUACUGAGGUCACCUUGCUGUUGGUGGAUGGGCUCAGAUAUUUUUUGAUCAAAAUAUAUUUACUAAGAACCUCUGAUUGUACAUUACAUCGGGUGUUAUUUGAUAUAGAGAUCAUAUAUUGUACAUUUAUAGAAUGCUGUUUUGCCUGACGUUUCUUUUAACAUUACUAAUUAUCAUGGCUCAGCAGUUUUUUCAGUGCCCAGAAUUCCAAAUCAAUUUUACCCAAAUCAAAUAUGCUUUAAUUGCCCUGGAAAUUGGUAUAUCAUACUCUUAGAUUUUUGAGAAAACAAAUAAGUUCAAAAGAGAGAUGUAAUAAUAUUACAUUGGAAAUGAGAUGAGCAAGCCAGUUCUCCAACCAAAAGACAACAGAACUGAAUGUCUCAAGAGACAACUGUAUUGUAGUCCAGCCAAUGAUGCUCUGAAUUUCUGGGAAACACAUAUAUGCAAAUUAGCAUACUUUACAUCCUUAAAAAAAAAAGGAACACUAAGUCUAUCUGAUGCCAGUGCAUAUAUGUUUCACAGACACUUAGAGCAACGUUGGCUGGACUACAAUACUCUUCAAGCAUACUAGGUGGUUUCCCUAAUGAAACCUAAGACAGCGACAAAGGCAACUUAGGGCAAUUUUUUCUUGAGGCAUUUUUCUUGUCCUUUUGGAAGGAGAAUCGUUUUGCACAUCUUAUUCAGAGAAGCAUAAUAUGGGGACAUCCAGUACUCUUGUCCUUUUGGAAGGAGAACCGACUUGCACAUCUCUUUUCUCUCUCAUCCCAAGAAAUUUUGUUUUUCUUUAAAAUCCACAUUUUUGGGGAAAUUUGGGAGGAAUUCUGAAUCAGUAGAAUUGGUUUGCUUUUUUCUAAACUACUUGUAUAUCAGUACACUUGAUGGACUUGAUGGACUCCUUGGUUGAAUCUGAUGGACUUAUGUAUUUUUUCAACCGUAUUAACUAUGUAACUAUGUACUUUACCACAUAAGAAAUCUGUAACAUUGAACAGUUUGCAAUAGGAUGAAUCACAUCUCACUGAAUCAAAAGAAAACACAAUACCAAGGACACUGCCGGACUGGUGCCUUUGUUAGCUCUUUAAAUGACAACUGAUAUAGCCAGAACCUCCAUCAUUUACAGGUCAUCAUGAGAUUAUGGUUCUUGCAAUGCUCCCUUUUUCUGGCAUCUAAUAUUUUGGCAACUUUUCAUUUUAUAGACAUAAAAGAAAUAUAAUAUGAUUUUUACUGCUGAAAAGACGCUGUUGCUGCUAACUUUCUCUAACUUGACAGCUUGCAUCCUUGCCCAUACUGCAUCUGGUGCUGUUCUGUAACAAAUCUUCUUACAGACUUCAGUAUUGUUACUAAUAAUUGUUACUUUGUUUUCGUGUAUUUGUUCUUAAAGGAGCCUAUAUAUGAGAUAAAUCUUAAUAAUUUUGGCUGGAUCCACAAAUAAUUUUUUGCAGGAAAAUGUGGCAAAAGGCAAUAGUUUUGUGUAAAAUGGUUGUAAAAAUAACCAAUUUGUGAAUACAAUGAUGUAUUCACCGCUUACAAUGAUGACACUUUUAGGCUGGGUUCACACUGCAUUUCAGCCCUCCAAGGAGCUUUCUGAUGGUGGUCUUCCACACUGUUCUAUCUGGCAAAAAAGAUGGAAAUGAACAUAAAGCAGAUGAAUUCUCUGUACUCCCCCUUAAACCGCAUUGUGAACUCAGCCAUAGAACUUAUUCACACGUCAGUGAAUUAUGGAUGACAUGUGCUGUCCGUGUUCUCCAAUACUGCAUACAAUGAAGACUCCAUUAGGCUGGGACACUGUGUUUUAGACCUCCACUGGGGAUCUUCAAUGCUAUUUUGCUUGUUUUAUUAAACUGGGUGUAUCCUUCAUGGUGUACGCUUAAAUUGUGUUUUUGGGUGUCAAACAUAUAUCCCCAACAGAAAGCGCAGCAGAGGGCUCAUCUGUAGAGUGAACACUACCUUAGGGCUUAUUCGCAUAUUAGUGAAUCACAGACAUGUGAUGUCCAUGGUCUCCGUAGACAGCAAAUGUAU